UCAGCUCCGGGGCGGCUGGACUGCCGAGCUCAACCCAGAAGCCCGGAGCCCUCGGGCUGAGCGUGCGAUAGCCGGGAUGCGCUCCUGUCUGCUAUCCCCGCUCCCAGACCUGGGCGCUGAGAGACCCGAUGGCAGGUAGCGGCGGUCUAGGCGGGGGAGCUGGGGACCUCCAGAGCGCCGGGCCCGGGCAGGGGGCUGCACUGCGUGCUCCCCGUGCUCCGCUGACGUUCGUAGCUCUGCUGCUAGGCGCCUACUGCCUUUUUGCCCUCCCGGGCCGCUGUCCACCUGUCACCCGUGCCCCUGCACCGGUUCCCGCGCCCGCCGAGCCGCACCACUCCUCCCGCAGUCUGGGAGCGCCAGGUCUGCCGGUGGCCAGCGGACCGGGUCGCCGGCGCUUCCCACAGGCGCUCAUCGUGGGUGUGAAGAAAGGCGGCACGCGCGCGUUGCUGGAGUUCCUGCGGUUGCACCCCGACGUCCGUGCACUUGGCUCUGAACCCCACUUCUUCGACAGGUGCUACGAACGCGGGCUCGCCUGGUACCGGGGUCUGAUGCCACGUACCCUGGAUGGGCAGAUCACCAUGGAGAAAACCCCCAGCUACUUUGUGACUCGGGAGGCUCCCCGCCGGAUCCAUAGCAUGUCCCCAGACACCAAGCUGAUUGUGGUGGUGCGGAACCCUGUGACCCGGGCCAUCUCUGAUUAUGCCCAGACACUCUCCAAGACCCCAGGCCUGCCUAGCUUCCGGGCCCUGGCCUUCCGCCGUGGCCUGGGUCCUGUGGACACAGCCUGGAGCGCUGUGCGUAUUGGCCUCUAUGCCCAGCACUUGGACAACUGGCUUCGAUACUUCCCUCUGUCCCACUUCCUGUUUGUCAGUGGAGAGCGCCUGGUCACUGAUCCAGCUGGCGAAGUGGGCCGGGUACAGGACUUCCUGGGCCUCAAGCGGGUGGUCACUGACAAGCACUUCUACUUCAAUGCUACCAAGGGCUUCCCCUGCCUCAAAAAGGCCCAGGGCAGUGGUCGCCCCCGCUGCCUGGGUAAAUCCAAGGGCCGGCCUCACCCCCGAGUGCCGGAGGCUGUGGUUCAGCGCCUGCGGGCUUUCUACCGGCCCUUCAACCGCAAGUUCUACCAGAUGACUGGCCAGGACUUUGGCUGGGACUGAUGAAGGCCCAGUUCAGCCUUUCUCUGGACGCCCAGUAACUUUAAUUUAUGUUUGUGUGCCUGGCCGUAGCAGGCGCUACACAUGCUGUGUUGAGAAAAUAUUUAAGAAAUAAAGCCCAGAUCUGUUUUCUUCCA